UUCCGAAUGUUCUGAUGUUGAAUGUUGAAUCAUGACAAUUCUAACCUUUUUUAUUCUAGUAAAAGAUGUAAAUACUUUAAUAAUUCAUGCGUAAUAGUCAAAUUUUAAUAUACUUUUUAUAGCGAUAGAUUGAUUUUUACACUAACAAUUUUUAAUUAAAAAAAGUCAAAUACUGAAACUAAAUAUGAAAAUCCAUAUAAAAGUUUUGAAGGGGGAAGAACAUAUCUUUGAUAUAUCAUCUUCGGAUACUGUAUUAGAAGUUAAACAGAAGGUAAAAGAUCGUUUAGGCAUUGAAACAUCAAAUCAAGUUCUGUUACUGCUUGGAAAAGCUCUGUCAGAUGAAAAUCAGAUAAGUUUUUACCCCGGAAUAAGAGAAGGCACCAAAUUAACUCUUGUAAAAAAAUCUCCACAGUCUACAAAGUGUAAAAGUGGUGUCCACACCUUCAAGAAUGAAAUGAUAAAAGUGCUCCAAAAUUUUUAUUCAGAAGCUGAUGCCUUAACGAUAGCAAAUGAAACGAUAAAAGACUUACAAAAUAAAGUUAAUCACCUAAGUUUUGAUGAUUUGGAAAGGUUAGCUACAGCAUUGAUGCAAGACCAAGAAAAUAUAUCAUAAUUUAUUAAAAUACUUAAUAUUAAAUAAGUUGCUUUGUUACAUUAAGUAUAAUAUUAUUUUCUUUCUUGAGUUGUUUAUAAUAUAAUUUGUUUAAUAUGCACUCAUUAAUUUUAUGGACAGUCAUGAUUUAUAGUAAAAGUUAAUUCUUCAAAUAAAAAUACAAACAAAAUAUUAUUUA